GCUGCUUUGAAGCCAGGGCAGGGCUGAGCCUCCCGCCCGUCCGGAGAGCUCUCGGCGCACGGGGACAGCUCUGUCACUUUUCUCCGCGAAAGAGGAAGCUGUCUCCAAAUAACUCGGCGCUUCCCUUUCUGCCCUGCCCGCUUUGAAGCGGCUGCAGAGCCCGAGAGCUGCCGGGGCUCCUCCGGCCCCCGAUGUCCCCUGCGGGACCCCGCCGUGUCCCCCGCUCUGGCCGGGCCCUCGGGGGAGGCUGUGACUCCCUGGGCCCCCCGAGCCCUCCCUGAGGAAGGCGUUACCCCGGAUCCAAGGCCAUGCCCGAGUGCAGUGAGGAGUUCUGUGCACUUCCCCCAGGAGCUGCAGCCUCAGUGUGGCCAUGGAGAGCUCAGAGCUGGAGUCGGACAUCCUGCGGCGGGUGCGGGCGCUGCUGCGGGAGCUGGACGGGCACCACCCCUCCUGCCAGAGCGACCGAGAUCCCUCCCUCAGUGAGCUGCCCUGCCCUGGCUCUCCCUUCUCAGGAAUGCUGCGAUGGACCCUGCACAAGAACAUCGAGCAGAACCCCAGCACCAGCUGUGUCCUGGUCAGGAUCCUGGUGAAGGAGUUGGAAAGGGCAGAGCGAGGGGACCUGCGGCACUACAUCAUCCCCCUGCUGCACACACUGAUGUACACCUUGAUCCAGGCUCCCUGCAUCCCUGACGAGCUCUGUGCCAGGGUUUAUGACUUCUGCAAGAGGCUGCUGACCCUACCCAAGCCCUUCUGCACCAUCGGGCUGGACUAUGCCAGCAGGCUGCAGGUGGAGAGGACAGCCCCAGGAACCUUGUACCAAAGAAUGGUCAUUUCUGAGCAGAGCCUGCGGAGCGCCCCGUUCCCUUACCAGGAGAAGAUUUUCAUCUUUGCUGACCCAGAGCUGCUGCCUGAAGCCAUCUGCAACGCGCUGGUCACCGACACCGAGGCAGCACAAGUGUCCCAGAGCCCCCGGGGCUGCAUGAGCUGCGUGGUCACCCACGCCCUGCAGGCGGCCCUGGGUGACACCUGCGACAUCCAUGGCCUCAGGGCCCGACUCCAGGCCUUGGCCCCGGGGGACGUGGAGCACUGGUUCCAGCAGGUGGUGGUGGCUGUGGAGGGCGCAGCCAGUGAGGGGGGCUCGGACCGGGGCCAGCACACGGCGCGGCUGGAGAGGAUCUACCAUGGCCUCCUGGGCUCCUUGCCCACAGGGAAUGCUCCCCAGGAAGGGCUGCAGGGGACCCCUCUGCCCAACCCCAACAUCAGCUUCCACCUGUGGACAGAAGAUGAGCAGCUCUGGAAGGAGCUGGUGCUGUUCCUCCGCCCGCUGUCGCAGAGCUGUGAGCCCGACUGCCUGGGCCAGGAGCUGGACCCCACGGAGAUGCAGGACAUCCUUGCGGGCUGUGGCUGCUGCGAGCAGAGCCGCUUCUCCGUGCUGUCCACCGACAGCGGCAUCGAGCGGGACCUGCCCGCGCAGGACGAGCCCUGCGCCGCGGACACGGAGCCCUCCCGGCUCCACAGGAAGGGCGGCAUCAAGAAAAAGCUGUCCCCGCUGGACAGCGUAGCCUUGCUGCAGGCUGGCAGCGCUGUUCCUGCAGGGAAGCCCCCCGGGAAGCUGCCCAGGGGGGCAGGAACGGCCCCGCAGCCCUUGGCCCCGCUCCAGAGGCGGCACACCGCCCGUGUGAUGCUGCUGGGAGACGAUCGCAUCCUGGGCCGCCUGGCACAAGCUUUCCACUCCCUCAGGAAACGGGAAGCCCGGCGAGUGUUCCUGACUCCCAGGCUGGACCUGCAGUUCUACCACAUCCCUGUGCUGCCAGGACACCCCUCAGCUGCUGCGGAUGCUGCUGGCCCUGAGGGGCUGUGUGAAGUGGCCGGGUACCUGGGCAGGGCUGACCCCUGGUACGAGAGCAACAUCAACACUCUGUGCCACAUGAUCCCCAAGCUGGCCAGCAUGCCAUCGUCACCGAGCAGGGCCCUGGUGACCGACCUGUUCCUCACCGAUGUCAUCGCCUACUACGCACGCAUGGGCACCCAGCCCGUCUGCUUCCAGGUUCACUUUGUCAAGGUCCUGUUCCGGGACCCAGCGCAGGACCCAGCUGAGGACGUGUUCCUCACGGAGCUGCUGACCCAGGUGCAGGACAGCCCCUCCCACAGAGAGCUGAGCACAACCAAGAGGAAAAGUAGCCUGGACGGCCCCGGAAUCGAUCUCACCGUGACCUACAGGAAGGUUGUGCUCAGUGACCGGCACAAGGAGCUGGCCCUGGCCCUGCGCUCCACGGGCCUGCUGAUGAAAGCCAUCCCUGCUGAGGAGGAUGAAGGCCUGGGCUGUUUGAGUGUGACCAUCACUGAAAUCAUCAGGAUCAACAACCUGGCAGGACGGUCCUUCUCAGCCGUGGCAAACAGGUUCAAAGCACAGACUGUCAAGAUCAGGAGCCCAGAGCAGAGACCCUUCAUGGUGCAGCUGGACAAGGACAGCAGGAGAACCUACAGGGACGUGAUCGGCCUGGAGGUGUCUCCCUGCCUCGAGCCCAGCUACUGCCUGCAGAAGACAAAGAACAUGAAAUUCAACCUUCACAAAACAGAAGACAUGGGGCUUGUGAAAUACCUGCCCAAGUCUCUGCUGCUGCCCAUCAACACUUUUGCAGGAGUCAUCCAGUGAAGGAAACAAAAAGGUGGGGUCAGCAUAGAGGAAAUGGAAAGAGAACACAUGCUAAAAGCUUCCAGUGGUGACUUUAAACAGCAAUGGUGUAAAGAGCUGCCCCAGCAGAGGUGGACGGGCUCGGAGGGCACAGCCAUGCCCUGCUGGUAACCCUGUGACCAUGCCCUGCCAAGGGCACAGCCAAGCUGCAGGACUGAGCUUUCACCUUUUGCACAAGUCAGGCAAAAGCUUUGAGCUCCUCCAUUCAGGAAGAGUGAGGAAGACCCAUGGGAGGUGGUGCUGGCUGUCCUGUGGAGCCCAGGGCAGCUGGCAGCAACAAUAUUUAUUUUGAAGAUGACUGACAUCAGGGAUCAGGUUUUCACCUCACAGCCCAAACAUUGUUGGUGCUCCCCUAUGCCAGACUUGGGAAGCAAACAUCCUGUCCCUGAAGGAAGCUGAAGGGAGGCAGAAGCUCACAGGCACAUCUGGAAACCCCUGCACAAGCAGCUGUUGUUGUUGGGUUAAUGUGGAGUUUAAGGGGUGCCCAGUGGCUCUAUGCCCCUCUGAUUCUUUGGGGCUUCACUGUGGGGUUUGUACACACAAAGAAAAUGCUCAAAAAGCCAAAAGGCUUUGAGCUGGGCUGGAGUGUGGGCUGUGUGUCCAGAGUUUGUUCUGUACAGCUGUAAAUUACGUAGAUGGAUGAUAAAUUAUUUGUAUAGGUGUCAGGGAUCACUUGUACCAGAAGGUGCAAUCCUUUUAAUGCCAAUUGAAAGAAAUUAAGACAAACCCAAGCUGAAACUGCCAGCUGGUUGUUGUUGUGUGUGUGCACGUGGCUGGGGAUGGAUGCCCAGGAGUUCCACUGAACAUGAGGUUCAGUUUCUGCCCUGUGCAGCGACUGAGCCCUAAAUUUCUGGAGGGCAGGAUGGGAUAUCGGUCCAGCCUGGCACUGCUGGAAGCUGAUCCUGCCAGGGUCAGUUGGAUCCUGAGCAGGGCUCCUCCAGCUGCUGAAACAGCCGGGCAGGGACAGCCACAACCCCAGAAAGAGCGAGAGGAGUUUAUUUCUGUCCCUCACUAACGAGGGGACCCCCAAAACAACACCUGGGCACAGGUGCACAAGCAGAGAGCAGCACUCGGUCCACACCAGAGGAUCUCCUCCACAUGGAGUUAUCCCAGGUUAUUCCCAGCUGGAAGCCACUGGUUUGCAGCCUUUCUCUUUUAACCCAUUCCUGGCUUAAACCUCCUUACCUGCCCUGCCUUCACUUCCAAGGCACAGAUUUCAGCUGCUCUCCAGGAGGUAAGUUUUGUUUAUCAAUGAAACAUUGGUGGUCUGAUGUCAUCAAAAAAUCUUCAGUGGGGUUUAAAUGAGCCUUGGAGUCUCUUCAGCCACCAGCAAAGGCUGCUGUCAAUUGAUCAGGUAUUCCUUGGUCAGGGAAUCGCAUCAUUCCUGUGCAGAAGGAUGGAUUUUAGUAGCAUCUGCCUGGCCUGAGUGGCUCACAAGCGCCCAGACAGGCAGCUGCAGAAAGCAGAAUAUUUAUGGGAAUGCAUAUUUAAUAUGGCAUAUGCAAAUGGCCUGGCAGUGUGUCACCCUGCAGUGUUGUGGGCUCGGCAGGAAGCGCUGGAGACAAGGAAAGGACUCCUGGGUGAUAAUUCCUUUCUCUGUAUGAAUCAAUCCUGCAUUAUCUGUACAUCAGAUGCUUUCAGGGUAAUUAGCUCUCUCUCUUCCUGGCACCGAUCCUCUGUGCCAGCACAAUGCUCUGCUGGAAUGGCUCUAUAGAUAGAAUUGUCCUGUGCCAAGAAUAGCUGGAACUUUUUAUUAAGAUGUUAUCUUCUCCCAGGAAUUCAAACACGACUGGAGCAAUUUUGAUGUCAAGAAUUUCUCCCGGUCUUGUUAUUGUGUAAUACCUGAGGAACAAAGCGUGUUAAUGGGGAUCUGCCUGCACUCAGUCAUCCCUGCACGCAGCACAUCCAGAGCCCUUGUGAGAGGCACAGAAAGAGCUGGAAUGGUUUGAAAUGCAGCUGCUGCUUCAGCUGCCGGUGCUGCCCUCGUUAGAAGCUGAUUACCUGGGUGAGCUGUGCCCUUUCUGCCUCAGCACAGCAGCAGCUGCUGGAUUCCAGCUUCACAAGGAGAGGCCUCAGAGUGACAGGUGCCUGUCCAUCCUGGAGCUCCCAUGUAUCAGCACCAAAUGUGUUUAAUGGAUUGAUAAUCUUAAAAAAAACCACCUUAUUGUGCAAGAUUAUUACACUGACGUUUAGCUUUGGGCAUUCUCUUGAAUCCUGCCCAUUCACAGCACGAGUGCAUCUCCCUAAGGAGAAGAGGAAGAUCCUAUUGAAUCUCCUCAGCCUCAGAGUUCCAGGACCUGGGUGAGGGAAGAAGCCCAGGCUGCUCCUGUCAGGUGUGGGACACACACUGCUCCUGUCCCUGAUCUGCACUUUCCUCCACACUGUGAAUUUUCCCAGGAGGAUUCCAUCCCAUCCAGCAGAUCCAAUGGUGUGUGAAUUGUAUCCUGACUGUGGGUGACUCUGGACUGCCUGAUACUCCCGUGCUUUUAUUAGGGAUAAAGUGAGUGUAUAAAAUGCAUUAAACUCAAAUUCAGCCCCCAGCAGAUC